GGGCGCUACGCUCUUGCGUCAUUUACGCAAAUUAACAUAUGAGUAUCCGGAGCCUGUCUAAUAAACAGCAUGGCGGCGGUGUUGCAGCGUCUCGGACUUGCCGGAAAAUACUUGCUUCGGGAUAACUUGCUGAAGAUAUGUUCUGUGACCAGGCCCAUCAUCGUGUCAAAGAGACAUGGAGCUACGCAGGCCGCUCACCAGGUGGUUUUGAACGUACCCGAAACCAAGGUGACCACGCUGGAAAACGGGCUGCGGGUGGCGUCCGAGGAUUCGGGUCUGUCCACGUGCACGGUGGGUCUAUGGAUAGAUGCUGGAAGCCGAUAUGAAAAUGAAAAGAAUAAUGGUACAGCCCAUUUUCUGGAGCACAUGGCCUUUAAGGGCACAAGAAAGCGCUCACAGCUAGACCUUGAGCUGGAGAUCGAGAACAUGGGGGCCCACCUGAACGCGUACACGUCGCGGGAGCAGACUGUGUACUACGCCAAGGCCUUUUCUAAGGACCUCCCAAGAGCGGUGGAAAUCCUGGCCGACAUCAUCCAAAACAGCACACUGGGGGAGGCAGAGAUUGAGCGUGAGCGGGGGGUCAUCCUUCGGGAAAUGCAGGAGGUGGAGACCAACCUGCAGGAAGUGGUGUUUGACUACCUCCACGCCACGGCGUACCAGGACACAGCCCUCGGCAGAACUAUUCUCGGACCCACAGAAAACAUCAAAACUAUAAACCGGACUGAUCUGGUUGAAUACAUCACAACACACUAUAAAGGCCCCAGGAUUGUCCUAGCCGCUGCAGGAGGGGUUUCACAUAACGAGCUCAUCGACCUGGCGACGUAUCACUUUGGCAGAUUGCCCGAGAGGUACAAGGGUGAGCCCCCGACCCUGCCCCCGUGCACCUUCACCGGCAGCGAGAUCCGCGUGCGUGACGACAAGAUGCCCCUGGCGCACAUUGCUGUGGCCGUGGAGGCAGUGGGCUGGUCACACCCUGACACCAUCCCGCUGAUGGUGGCCAACACGCUCAUCGGCAACUGGGACCGCUCCUUUGGUGGGGGCGUGAACCUCUCUAGUAAACUGGCUCAGAUGGCGUGCCAGGGCAGCCUCUGCCACAGCUUCCAGUCCUUCAACACAUGCUAUACAGACACCGGCCUCUGGGGCCUCUACAUGGUGUGUGAGCCUGUGACAGUAGCGGACAUGCUGCACUUUGCCCAGCGUGAAUGGAUGUCUCUCUGCACUGAUGUCACCGAGGGUGAAGUGGCUAGGGCCAAGAAUCUGCUGAAGACCAACAUGCUGCUGCAUCUGGACGGCUCCACCCCCAUCUGUGAGGACAUUGGCAGGCAGAUGUUGUGCUAUGGCCGCAGGAUCCCCCUUCAUGAGCUGGAGGCCAGGAUCGACGCCAUCGAUGCACAGACCAUCAAGGACGUUUGCACCAGAUACAUUUACAAUAAACCCCCUGCUCUUGCCGCAGUCGGUCCCAUAGAGCACCUGCCAGACUACCAGCAGAUUCGAAGCGGCAUGUACUGGCUCCGGGGCUGAGGCUGCAAGCCAGGCACCACAGCAGUGAUACACUUUGGGUCAAAAAGGAGUCUUGUAACUUAUUUGCACUUUUAUUAUAAAAUAAAGACAAUGCAACAACAUUUAAAAGAAAGAUGA